AUGCAUAUUCUCCAGUCCCUCCUCUCCUACACCAACAUCCUCAUGCUACUCAACCGCACCGCCGCGCACAGCGAAACCUUAGCUCCGCAGAGCAAAGGCGCAGACACCAUCUCAUUCACAUUCCAGCCCGACGACAGCAUCAGCGGCGCCCUAACCAUGCGCCCAGAGCAGACGCUCGAGUACUUCAAGAACGAGCUCGGGAUCGACGUGACGAAGCUCCAGAACCACCCGGAGCUCUUCGCCAAGAGCCCCAGCGGACGCUACACCUUCCCCGAGCCGAGCGGCGUGGAGGGCACGCUGUCCUGGAACACAACGGGACGAGAUCCCGCUUCGCUCGGCGCCUACGAACGACUAACGUGCGACGACUGCGCCGCCAUCUGCGGUGCCCUAGCUGCGGUCCCUUUCGGAUUCAUCAUGUACGUACCAGGUUAG